AAGACUUGGAUUAUCCUUUGCUUUGUGAUUUUUCUACACGCCUGUUUGGGAUUUCUUCUUACUCCGCUACUGGACCUGACUUCUACACCGACUCUACAGCAGUGAUGAUGAACUUCAGAGGAGGAACCGCGCUUCAGCAGCACCAGGAUGUGGAGCCCGAGCCCGGAUGGAGCGGACUGGACGACCCCUGGAACGGGACACAGAGGGAGACGUUUGUGUUUCCGGAGGAUGAGGACGAUGACAACUGGCCUAUGAGAAGCCACUCUCCUGUAUGGAUCCCACCACCUGUGGGGAGCCCAGCCCCACCUAUGAGAGGUCCCUUUUCUGUAUGGACCCCACCACCUGUGAGGAGCCCAUCCCCACCUAUGAGAGGCCUCUCUCCUGUGUGGACCCCACCACCUGUGAGGAGCCCAUCCCCACCUAUGAGAGGCCUCUCUCCUGUGUGGACCCCACCACUUGUGAGGAGCCCAUCCCCACCUAUGAGAGGGCUCUCUCCUGUAUGGACACCACCACCUGUGAGGAUCCCAUCCCCACCUAUGAGAGGGCUCUCUCCUGUAUGGACCCCACCACCUGUGAGGAUCCCAUCCCCACCUAUGAGAGGCCUCUCUGCUGUGUGGACCCCACCACCUGUGAGGAUCCCAUCCCCACCUAUGAGAGGCCUCUCUCCUGUAUGGACCCCACCACCUGUGAGGAUCCCAUCCCCACCUAUGAGAGGCCUCUCUCCUGUAUGGACACCACCACCUGUGAGGAUCCCAUCCCCACCUAUGAGAGGCCUCUCUCCUGUAUGGACACCACCACCUGUGAGGAUCCCAUCCCCACCUAUGAGAGGCCUCUCUCCUGUAUGGACCCCACCACCUGUGAGGAUCCCAUCCCCACCUAUGAGAGGCCUCUCUCCUGCAUGGAUCCCACCACCUGUGGGGAGCCUCUCUCCUCUAUGGAUCCCACCACCUGUAUGGAUCCCACCACCUGUGAGGGGCCCAUCCCCACCUAUGAGAGGCCUCUCUCCUCUAUGGAACCCACCACCUGUAUGGAUCCCACCACCUGUGAGGGGCCCAUCCCCACCUAUGAGAGGCCUCUCUCCUCUAUGGAACCCACCACCUGUAUGGAUCCCACCACCUGUGAGGGGCCCAUCCCCACCUAUGAGAGGCCUCUCUCCUGUAUGGAUCCCACCACCUGUGGGGAGCCCAUCUCCACCUAUGAGAGGCCUCUCUCCUGUAUGGAGGAGACCAUCCCCUUGCAGAAACCUCUCCUCUGUGAUGAGUCUAUCCCCAGUAAUGCAACCAUCCCCAUUGAGGAGGCCAUCACCUUCAGGGAAUCCACAGAGUUUCACAGUUCCUCUGCCCCAGCCUCAUGUCCAGAUUAACCCUCACCACAUUGUGGCUGGUCAGCUGUAUGUUCCUGACCCACGCCAGGGCAUAAGGAGGAGGAGGGACGAAGAGGAUGAUCAAGAAGCCCCUCCGAGUAGACGGCAGCAUGUGGAUCAGGAUGGGUAGCUGGGUUUCAUCAGGAGGAUCGUCCGAUUCCCCGUUCCCUGGGUUUCUAUUUACAUGGGAGAGCUGUAUGUUCAGAAGCUCAGUCAUCACCUCAUCUUCAUCACCUCAUAUCCAUGAUGUGUGGUAAGUAUGUGUGGUAAGUAUGUGUGGUAAGUAUCUGUGGUAAGUAUUUCACCUCUAGAUUUCAGCAUUAGUCUUUUUUUUUUUCAGAGAGAGAUUUCAGCCUUUUAAACAUGUGGGGUGGUGAGAAUCUGUUGUUUCUUUUGUAUUUUGCAUUUGCGUUUAGUUUGUGUUAAAUGU